AUCCUCACUCGUCCUCGCACCGAGUUCGUGUCGCACGGGAGUUUGAAACUUUGAGCAGCCGAGCGGAGACCUCUUGAAGAUGUUUUCAGAGCGACAGUACAACAGAAAGAGGGUGAUGGAACUUGUGGACAAACCGGAAAAUAAAAACUGCGCCGACUGCGGAGCGGCAGAUCCCGAGUGGGCAUCGUACACUCUGGGUGUGUUUGUGUGCCACAGUUGCUCUGGCCUCCAUCGAAACAUCGCCCAGAUCAGCAAGGUCAAGUCUCUCCUGCUGGACCCGUGGACCAUGGCACAAUUGGAGUUGAUGGACUCUGUGGGCAACCACGUGGCCAAGGCCAAAUACGAGCAGACCGUGCCCGCCUUCUACUACCGGCCCGCUCACAAAGACUGCGCGCUCCUGCGUGAGCAGUGGAUCCGCGCCAAGUACGAGAGGAAGGAGUUCGUGCCCGGCGGGACGCAGGAAUCCUACUCGGCAGGCUACCGGGAGGGGUUUCUAUGGAAACGAGGCCGAGACAGCGGCCAGUACCUCAGCCGAAAAUUCAUCCUGUCCGAAAAAGAGGGCGUGCUCAAGUAUUUCAACAAGCAGGAUGGGAGAGAGCCUAAAGCGAUCAUUAGCGUCGGGACGCUGAACGCUAGUUUCCAGCCCGCUAAAAUUGGCACAGCCCACGGGCUUCAGAUAACCUACUUGAAGGACAACAGCACCCGCAACAUCUUCGUUUACCACAAGGAUGGCAAGGAAAUGGUAGACUGGUUCAACGCCAUCCGAGCAGCCAGAUUUCGCUACCUGCAGGUGGCUUUCCCCGGAGCUCCCGCAGCCGAUUUGUUGCCCAUGGUAACCAGGGACUACGUAAAGCAGGGCUUCAUGGAGAAGACUGGUCCCAAGCACACGGAGGGUUUUAGGAAGAGGUGGUUCGCCAUGGAUGACAGGAGGCUCAUGUACUUCAAAGAUCCACUGGACGCCUACGCACGAGGCGAAGUGUUCAUCGGCGCUAAGGAAAACGGCUACAGCGUCCUGCCGGGCCUCCCGUCGGGCGUUCAGAGCUCCCACUGGCAGUUCGGGAUCACCGUGGCGACGCCGGACAGGAAGUUCGUUCUAGUGUGCGAGAGCGAGCGGGAUCGGACGGACUGGAUGGAGACGUUUCAGACGGUCGUCGGCAGGCCGAUGCUACCUCAAGAGUACGCGGUGGAGGCCAAUUUUAAGCACAAACGGUGACUUUUCGGUUCUUUGAAGAAGGACUUGUGUCGCCGGACGAGGAGACGAACUAGAGGAGCCGUCGAAGGAGCAAUUCUUCCCUUCUUCGUACUCGACGUUCGCACUAUGAGCAACAAAAUGCGUGAGAACAAGAUGUUCCCGAUCGGGCAACUCCAAUACAGACUCGCUCAUUUUUUACACGCUUGCUAUUUGGAUUUGACUAUUUGAUGUCAGUGUAAUUAC